CAUGAUAUACCUCCAUGUAUUUAAAAUAGCAUUUUAAUGAAUCUUCUUACAUAAAAAUAUAAAAAUAUGCGAUUAGAGCAGAGAACCCCACUUAAUGGGGAUUACCAGGCAGUUCCCCCAGUUUUCCAGGCAGUUCAUACACAGGUAUCCAGCGAUUCCCCAACAAAGAUGGCCGCUGUAACACUUCCGGUUCCUGUUUCUUACGUAUGACGUCACUUCCUACUGACGCGUUUCGUCACUUCCGGGACUUAAUCAUAAGAGAGAGAGACGUCCUGACACCUGGCCACAAUAAAUACCACUCCUCAAUUGACUGAUGAUACUCCGA